AUCCCGGCCUGGGAGGAACCGGAGUCGGAGAGGAUGGCCGGGGCCAGUGGCCAGCACCACCCUCCGGGCGCCGGUGCCGCGGUCACCUCCGCCGCUGCCUCGGUGGGGCCGGGAGACGAUUCGUCGGAUAGCGAAGCGGAGCAGGAGGGACCACAGAAACUGAUUCGUAAAGUAUCCACCUCAGGCCAGAUCCGGACCAAGACCAGUAUUAAAGAGGGACAGCUAUUGAAGCAAACCAGCUCUUUCCAAAGGUGGAAAAAGCGAUACUUCAAACUUCGAGGCCGUACCCUUUAUUAUGCAAAGGAUUCAAAGUCUCUGAUAUUUGAUGAAGUUGACCUCUCAGAUGCCAGUGUAGCUGAAGCAAGCACAAAAAAUGCUAACAACAGCUUCACGAUAAUCACUCCAUUCAGAAGGCUAAUGCUGUGUGCUGACAACAGGAAGGAGAUGGAGGAUUGGAUCAGCUGCCUGAAGUCUGUACAGACCAGAGAAACUUAUGAGGUGGCCCAGUUUAACGUGGAACAUUUCUCAGGGAUGCAUAACUGGUACGCCUGCUCCCAUGCCAGACCCACCUUCUGUAACGUGUGCAGAGAAAGUCUCUCUGGAGUCACCUCCCAUGGCCUCUCCUGUGAAGUGUGUAAAUUCAAAGCUCACAAAAGGUGUGCAGUGAGAGCAACAAAUAACUGCAAAUGGACGACUCUGGCCUCCAUUGGGAAGGACAUCAUAGAGGACGAAGAUGGCGUAGCCAUGCCUCACCAGUGGCUCGAGGGCAACUUGCCUGUGAGCGCCAAAUGCGUUGUCUGUGACAAAACCUGCGGUAGUGUUCUCCGGCUGCAAGACUGGAAAUGCCUUUGGUGCAAAGCAAUGGUACACACUGCCUGCAAAGAUUCAUACCAUCCUGUAUGUCCACUUGGCCAAUGUAAAGUAUCUAUCAUACCUCCCACUGCACUAAACAGCACUGAUUCUGAUGGUUUCUGUAGAGCAACUUUUUCCUUCUGUGUUAGCCCUCUGCUGGUUUUUGUCAAUUCCAAGAGCGGAGAUAAUCAGGGAGUAAAGUUCCUUCGUCGAUUUAAACAGUUGCUAAAUCCGGCUCAGGUGUUCGAUUUAAUGAAUGGAGGUCCUCAUUUAGGUUUAAGAUUAUUUCAGAAGUUUGACAAUUUCCGGAUUCUUGUUUGUGGAGGAGAUGGAAGUGUAGGUUGGGUUUUGUCAGAAAUUGAUAAGCUCAACUUGAUCAAACAGUGUAAGGUAGGAGUAUUGCCUUUGGGUACAGGAAAUGAUCUCGCUCGGGUCCUUGGCUGGGGAGGUUCCUGUGAUGACGACACCCAACUUCCUCAGAUCCUGGAGAAGCUGGAACGAGCCAGUACCAAAAUGUUGGACAGGUGGAGUAUAAUGACAUAUGAACUCAAAUUGCCACCAAAAGCUCCUCUACUUCCAGGACCUCCAGGACAAUCUGCAGGAUUUUAUAUGACAAUUUAUGAAGACUCGGUUGCAACUCAUCUAAAAACAAUCCUCGAUACUGAUGAGCAAGCAGUGGUCGUAUCAGCUGCAAACAUACUGUGUGAAACUGUAAAGGACUUCGUUGCCAAAGUAGAGAAGGAAUAUGGAAAAACGUUGGAAAAUUCCGUUGAUGCGGAUGCCAUGGCCAGUAAAUGUUCAGUCCUAAAUGAGAAGCUUGAACAACUGCUCCAGGCUUUGCACACGGAGGCCCAGGAGCUUCCAUUACCUCCAGGCGUGCGCCCUGUCAUUGUGGAAGAAGAUCCUGUGGAAUCUUCAAGUGAAGAAUCCUUGUGUGAGAGCAAGGAACAACUCACAGAUGACGUUACAUCCUCACAGAAGACCAUCAAACCGACGGAAAUCGUGUUGCGGGCAAACAGUUUAAAGAAAGCAGUGAGGCAAGUCAUUGAACAAGCCAAAAAAGCUACGGACGAACAGAUAGUUCACCCCUGUGAACCCGUUAAUCAGUCACCUGAAUAUAAUAGCACCGAAAUAGCUGACCCUAAAGAAGAAUCUAAAGAUGAUGAUGCAAAAGAGUCAUUACCUGUUAAAACUGCUCCUCGGUCUCCAGAUUGUCGGACAAGUCAUAGCCAUUUCCAAACUGAGUCCUCCAGCUCAGCUCCCACUAUGGCAUCCUGCAAAGAAAGCCUCCCUGUGCUCAAUACCAGAAUCAUUUGCCCAGGCUUAAGAGCAGGACUAGCUGCCUCGAUUGCUGGGAGUUCUAUUAUCAACAAAAUGUUACUAGCAAAUAUUGAUCCUUUUGGUGCAACGCCAUUUAUUGACCCAGAUCCAGAUUCAUUAGAUGGAUAUACAGAAAAAUGUGUCAUGAACAAUUACUUUGGGAUUGGAUUAGAUGCCAAAAUUUCAUUAGAAUUUAAUAAUAAGCGAGAAGAGCACCCUGAAAAAUGCAGAAGCCGGACUAAAAACUUCAUGUGGUAUGGGGUCCUGGGAACCAGGGAGUUACUACAGAGAUCCUACAAGAAUUUAGAACAAAGGGUUCAACUUGAGUGUGAUGGACAGUAUAUUCCUCUCCCCAGUCUGCAAGGCAUAGCAGUGUUGAACAUUCCCAGCUAUGCUGGUGGCACUAAUUUCUGGGGUGGAACUAAAGAGGAUGAUAUGUUUACUGCACCAUCAUUUGAUGACAAGAUACUGGAAGUCGUUGCAAUCUUUGAUAGCGUGCAAAUGGCAGUUUCAAGGGUCAUUAAACUACAGCAUCAUCGAAUAGCCCAGUGCCGUGCAGUGAAAAUCACUAUAUUUGGUGAUGAGGGACUUCCAGUUCAGGUGGACGGUGAAGCGUGGGUCCAGCCUCCAGGGAUUAUCAAAAUUGUGCACAAGAACCGAGCUCAGAUGCUAACAAGAGAUAGAGCUUUCGAAAACACUCUAAAAUCUUGGGAGGAUAAGCAGAAGUAUGACUCUGGUAAACCAGUGAUCCGGACCCAUUUGUACAUUCAUCACGCUGUCGACUUGGCAACAGAAGAGGUGUCGCAGAUGCAGCUGUGCUCCCAGGCCGCAGAAGAGCUCAUUACUAGGAUUUGUGACGCAGCCACUAUUCACUGUCUUUUGGAGCAAGAACUGGCGCAUGCCGUGAAUGCGUGCUCCCAUGCGCUGAAUAAAGCCAACCCCAAGUACCCAGAGAGUCUUACGAGAGACAUUGCCACUGAAAUAGCCAUGAAUGUGAAGACACUGUAUAAUGAAACGGAAUCUUUACUAGUUGGCAGGGUCCCUUUGCAGUUGGAGUCUCCACAUGAAGAGCGAGUGUCCGAUGCCUUACACUCCGUGGAGGUAGAACUACAAAAAUUAACAGAGAUUCCUUGGCUUUAUUACAUCUUCCAUCAAAAUGAAGAUGAGGAGCCUCCUAUGGAUUGCACCAAAAGAAACAACAGGAGCACAGUAUUCCGUAUAGUGCCGAAGUUUAAAAAGGAAAAGGUUCCAAAGCAGAAGACAAGUUCACAACAUGUUCAGAAAUGGGGCACAGAGGAAGUUGCUGCUUGGCUGGAUCUGCUCCACUUGGGAGAGUACAAAGAAACCUUCAUCCGCCAUGACAUCAGAGGGGCUGAACUUUUGCAUCUGGAAAGGCGAGACCUUAAGGACCUAGGGAUACCGAAAGUGGGUCAUGUGAAGCGUAUUCUCCAGGGAAUUAAAGAGCUUGGAAGGAGCACUUCCCCGUCUGAAGUGUAAUCGUAUCGGUGCUAUUCCCUGGAAGAAAAGUAAUUGCUACUUAAUACAAAGUGCUUGGAAGUAAUUUGCUGUUCUUGGCAGUUUUCUGCAUAGACAAGGAAGUAUCACUGAAGCACCUCUAUGGCUUGAUGUUUCACUGUGGGUGAAAAUUUUGAUUUGAAGGGUUAGAAAAUAUUUUUUGUGCAAAAAAAGAAACAUACAUUCCAUGAAGCCAUUGUCUUAUUAUGCAAACCUGACUUGUUCAGAUAUGCUCAUUUUAGUUAAAAGAUAGGAGGAAUCUGAGACAACUGCAUUGUCUAAAAGGAUAAAUGACAAUUAUCAAAAUGUCUACUUUCUUACACCUGGUCCGAUGGAAUGUUUUUAUUAUGUAGCCACAUAACAAUACGUGGCUGGAACUUCUUUGGUUUCAUUGCUGGAGGCAUUGGCUUCUUCCGUAACAUCAAUGGUUAGGAAACUAAGAUACAUCCAGUUGUUUUGAAGGUCAGAUUGGUAUCAUCUUGGAUUCCUAGCACUCAGUGAUCGAAGACUAUGGUUAAAACCCCUCAAAUGCUAUGAAUGGAUGCAAAUCUCAAUGCACAAUAUUCCUGCCUGAAUUGUCUUCCUUUUUCUUGCAUGUCGCAUCUAAUAUUGUAAGACUUCAGCAGUUUUAAUGUCAGUUUUAUUAGAAUUUAAUUUAUUACUACCCAAGUACCAUUUUCUUGGCUAUGGGCACUUUUCUUUAAUGUGGAAUUUUGCAUAAGUAUUCUAUAUCAGAGAACUGGUGAAUAUGGGUCUGUGCCAUAAUCAACAAAUGAUUUGCAUCCUAUGUAAGCCAAUUGUGUUGCAACAAAUCAUAAACAAUAGGUGUGCAAAUUAAGAAAAUUCUCUGGGUAUUUUCAUAAAACUCCAUGCCCCAUUGCCUAACAAAACUUACUAUAGCUUUCCAAACCCAAAUUCCCACAUUUUGUUCUUACACUUAAUUUCACUGCAGUGAUUAUUUCAUACUCUGUUUGUGUUUAUAAUAUCGUAGUCUGCUGACAUCCAGGACUUCCCCAAGGUCUGAGAUUGGGCAUACUGAGUGGUCACCCACUAGCUAAAGUGACCUCUGACACAGAAUUCCCGACAGAAGAGAUUUAAGGGCUUUGCAUUAUUAUCAUCAUCUCACUUAAAUCUUAUACCUUAUGAGGUAGAUAUUAUUUUCUUUUUAUAAACCACUAUUCUGUAGGCACUUUCUGUUUUUUAAUGUUGGAGCUUGCAUAAAUGUUCUGUAUCGAAGAAUUUUUGCACAUAUGUCUGUGCCAUAGUUUUGUUCAUUAGGAGUCAAGUACAAUGAUCAAAUCAUUGAAAGCCAAGAGUGUACAUAUCAAAAAGUUACAAAAAAAUCCUUAAAUAAGCUUUGUUUAGACAUUCUAUGCCAAAAUAGUUACAAUGCUUUAAAUUAUCCUACAUAAUAGAAAUAGGGUACUGACCCAGUGGUGACAGUUUUCAUACAGUAGCCUCCUAGGUGCUCAAUAGAUACACAUAUAAGUGUAUAUGUAUACAUACACACAUAUAUACAUACACAUAUAGAUUUAUGUGUAUAUAUAUGCUUACAUGCAUAUAAUCUUGAGAUAUGCUUGCAUUCGUCUUUUCUAAACAAUUAUUUGCCAAAUAUUUAAAGAGAUAUUGAUAUUUUAAAUGGCAUGUAAUUUAUUUGACGCUUUAUUCUUAUUCAUGACUUGGGCAUUUGACUAACCAGUAGAAAAUCACAAAAUUUGGAUCUCUCUUAAAAAAAAAAAAAAAGAACUGAUGGGUCCCUGACCAAAUAUGUCUGACCGUAUCUCACUCGUCUGAGUUGUGAAUAAAUGGAAAUGUUCCAAAGGGAAUUAUAUCAAGUAGUUUAAAGGAGGAAUAAACUAUUUACUAAUUUUAAUUUUACCCACACCCAUGAAUUCAAGGCUCCUUUUCUAGCUGCUUUUAUUUGGUCCCCACCCUGUAUUUCUGAAGCUGCUUUUCUGAACAUUUUCCUGUUAAAGCAAAGUAGGAGGUGCCAGAUUCUCAGACGGGAGGGGAAAGGAAGAGAACUGAACUUUUCUGAUACCACAGAUCCCUGUCUGGCUCUACCAAAAGUGGAAAGGUGGGUGGGGCAAAGAGCGGAGAGAUGCUAGAAAAAAAAUAAUCUGAAAUUAUUACUGAUUUCCUCUACUCAAAAGUACUCAUUUGCCCAUAGAAAAGAUUCUCAAACUAUUAUACGUUCAGGAUUUAAGAGGAAAAUGUGAAUGACUGAAAUUUUUUGUUCGAUGUUGAUCUUUCCGCUCUUAUGUAACAUCUUUUAUAUAUCCUAUAAAACCAUCAUUAACCAAAGCCUAGUGACUUGAAUCCUUAAUUAGCUAGAAAUUUCCUGCAAGUGACUUUUGAAUGAGGAAGAUCUUUUAUGAUGAAAAUGUUGACGUAUCUUUUGUUAAGUGAGAACAGUUUGUCCUGGAAGCGCUGUCCAGGUAUGGCUGCGUCGGAGCCAGACCACUUCACUCACACCUGAGUGCCAGGAUGGUGGCCUCAGAGCCCCCUGAGGCCCCUGUCAGCAUCACUGAGGAACCAACUUCUUAUACUAGGUAAAGAAAACAAAAACACCAAACCAGUUGCCACUGAGUUGAUUCUGACUCAUGGUAACCACAUGUGUGUCAGAAAUAGAGCUAUGCUCCAUAGGGUUUUCAAUAGCUGAUUUUUUGAAAGUAGAUAACCAGACCUUUCUUCCAAGGUGCCUCUGGGUGGACUCAAAUUGCCAGUCUUUCAGUUAGCAGCUGAGCAUGUUAACUGUUUGUACCACCCAGGUAUCCUGUCUUAUAGUAGAUGAGGACUGCAAAAAAAUCUAUGGGAUAGGGGAGAAAGAGCUUCUCCAAGGGAUCUGAGCACAAUUCUGGGGCAUGCAGUGGAGGCCUUUCUUCUUUGAUCUCUGUGUAAGCUGGGUUGAGAAGGCCAGCCUGCACCUGAUUGACAGCUAAUCCACCCCCUCUCCUCCCCACAGGGCCUUCCCAUACCUGGAUGAUUGGGGAGGGGGUGAGCAGAAUCACAGCCAAUGCCCACUGCCUUUCAUGUCUCAUUUUCAAAGUAAGAAGUUACUUUUCAAGAAGGAGAGGGACAGGGUCAGCCCUAAGUAAAACUUCGGAGUACACGAUGUUUCUCUUCCAUAUCCUUCCACCUCCCGUUGUGAGUUUCUUCCUACUUCCUGGCUUUCUGUUUGCCCACAUGCCCAGUACAGUGAUGGCUGCUCAAAUUCUCAUUGCCAUCAGUUGUCCCACUACAAAAUUACCCCUUUCAUCUCUGUCACUGCAAGCAUACAUUAUGGCUCAUUUAGCUAAGUGUUGGGAAGAAAACAAUUUAAAGAAUCUAAUUUUGCAGUUUGCAUUUUAUAAAACAAUACUUGCUAAUCUAAAUGAAUUGAUGGCUUAGAUAAUUUGGGGACUGUAGUAUAUAUUGCUGUAGCUGAGAAGAGGUGACCUGUGAAUGUCUGGAUCUGUGCUGUUUGAUGGUAGCCACUAGCCACACGUGGCUAUUUUUUAAAAUUUAAUCUAACUAGAAAUUCACUUUCUUCAUUGCUCUAGCCACCCUUCGGGUGCUCAGUAACCAUAGUGGACAGUACAGAUCUAGAACAUUCCUUCAUUUAAAAAUUCUACUGUACUCUUAGAUCCUUGCUACUCAACAUGUGGUCCAUGGACCAGCAGCAGUCAGCUUCACCUGGGAGCUUAUAGAAAUGCAGACACUCCGGUCCACUCCAGGCCUACUGAAUCAGAAUCUUCUCUUAGCAAGAUUCCUCAGGUGAUUAGCGCUGGCCUGGAUCCAUUUUGUCACUCCUGGAAAUCAGAGAUUGGAGGUCUUCAGAAGGUCCUCAGGAUAACUUGCUGUCCAUCCCACUGUUUCCUAUCCAUUUCCCAAUUAACCCUGGAAAUGAGCUGUUACUCAUUCUUCACUAGCUGAGUCUUGUUCUCAAUCCUUAUCCCUAACUCUGUUCUAGACGAACCCUGCCUACUCAGUGGUUAUGUUUUUAUGGUUGAGACAGAACACAGGACAUGGGCAGACCAGGUGAGCUGGCCACUCUUCACCCCUCACGCCACCUUUAAGCCACUUACCCCACGUGUGCUCACCUUGUUGCUCAGGUGGUAUGUUCAUUUGUUCUCAGAUGUUCUCACAGGGAGCAUUCGAGAAGGAUAUGUACUGAGACUGACCAGGUCAGUCUCCUACAACUUGUACAUUUUCAUUUUCUCCUUAUCAGUAGAUUGUCCUGUUGAUCUGGCUCAGGCUUGAGAACACAUGGCAGCACGUACAUAUUAAAUGAAUCAUUAGGCAUGAAA